CUUCUGAAAGUUCUGAUGAUAGUGAGCAGGAAGAUGACCAAAGUGCCCCGAAUGUACAUGCUGAUGGCAAAGAGGAAUCUCAACAUGAAGCUGUAAGCCAAGAUAAAAAUGAACUCUGUCUAAAAGAAGAACAGAGUGGUUCAUCCCUUCCAGAAGAAACUAAAACUCUGACAGAUGUAGUAGUGCCCAAGUCGGGAUCCAAGUCUCCUGAAAGAUUGCGAAAAGAGAUGGAAGAGUUGUCUGAAGAUACUGACUCUGAUGGAGAAGAUGAAGCCGCAAAGAAGAGGAAGGAUGUAAAAAAGGAGGUAGUGGAUAAAACAGCAAAACCACAGGUAAAACGUGGUAAACGAAGAUACUGUGUUGCAGAGGAAUCUUUAAAGACUGUGUCACCUAAUAGAAAGGAUGAGAAGUCCAAAAACAAAGACUCCCUUAGUUUAGAAAACAGCAGUAACAGCUCCUCGGAUGAAGAUGAGGAAGACAAAUCCAAACCGAAAAUCACUCCAACUAAAAAGUACAAUGGACUAGAGGAGAAAAGGAAGUCUUUACGGACAAGUACUUUCUACUCAGGAUUUUCUGAAGUGGGAGAGAAAAGAAUAAAGCUUCUAAAUAACUCUGAUGAAAGACUUCAGAACACCAGAGCGAAGGAUCGAAAAGAUGUCUGGUCAAGUAUUCAGGGACAAUGGCCGAAGAAAACGCUGAAGGAGCUGUUCUCGGACUCUGACACUGAAGCUGCUGCCUCCCCUCCACACGUUGCUCCUGAGGACGCUGCAGCAGAGGAGCAGCUUCAGACUCUUGCAGAAGAAGACAUUUCUUUGCCUAGCUCUGAACUUGAAAAAUCUUUGCCAGCUAGUGUGGACGUUAAACCUGUUGAGGAGAAACCGACUGAAGUGGGUGAAAAGAAAGUUGAAUUUCCAAGCAGUGGCAGUAAUUCAGUGCUAAAUACUCCUCCUACGACUCCUGAAUCGCCUUCAUCUGUAACUGUAACGGAGUCCAGUAGACACCAGUCCAGUGUCACUGUCUCCGAGAUGCUGCCACCAAAUCAAGAAGAGAUACGAAGCAUUAAAAGUGAAACAGAUAGCACAAUAGAGGUGGACAGUGUUGCAGGGGAGCUGCAAGACCUCCAGUCUGAGGGAAAUAUUUCUCCAACAGGUUUUGAUGCCAGCGUCAGCUCCAGUAGUAGUAAUCAACCAGAGCCAGAGCAUACUGAAAAAG